GCUGCAGAGUCCUUGAACAACUUCCAGUCUCUCUCCUUCCCCUUGCUCAGGAGCUUACAGCAACUCUGCUGUGCAAGCUGGGCCCCGGGCAGAGUGAGGUAGCAGAGGAGCUGUGCCUGCGUCUCCAGCACAAGGAGAAGAUGCUGCAGGAUCUCCUCAAUGACCGGAACCGCCAAACCAUGGAGCACGAUGCUGAAAUUCGGGAGCUGCUGCAGGCUCUGAGCACCAAGGAGCAGCAGAGCAGAGUGGCUGCAGAGAAGAUGGCACAGGCUUUGGCUGAAAGGAGCUGUGAGCUACAGCUGCUGCGCCAGCACGUGUUGGGGAAGGACCCUGUUGGGACCCAGUCAGCUGGUGCCAGGCCAUUGAAGCAGGACAAACAACCCAGACAAGAGAUACUGCAAAGAGCUUGUGGAGCUCUCUUGCUUAGUGUUUGGUCACAAAUAUUGUCCUCAUUUAAAGACCUGGAUUUGAAUCAGUGGCUGAG